CUCCAAUGCCCAAAGAGUGCAAGAGAAAGACCUCCAAGGACUUCGGGCUCUCUGGAAUAAAUGAGGGGUCUCGUUUAGAGCGAAAAGCGGCCGGGAAGUCGUCCCAGAUUUGCGAUGAGCUCAUUCAGAAAGCCGAUCAAAUCGCGCCGCCUGUGAUGGAUGCGCCCCGGGUACCGCAGGUCACCAUCACCCCGGAGGGAGGCGGCUCAUCCCGGGAGAUGCAGCAGGAGGACUGGGAUGAUGCGGUGGACGGCACCCUGCGCAGGAAACUGUCCAACUCUUCCAUCUCGUCCACUGGGUCCUCUGCUGUGGAGUCCGAGGAUGACUUACUCAGCGACAAUGAGAGCAAAAGCAAAGGCAUCAUCACUUUGGAGCAUCUGGUUGACGCUGGAGAAAGCAAACCGUGGUGGAAGCUAAAGACCAUCGUCCACUGGCCCUUCAGUGCCACCCAAAGGAGAAGACUGAACUGGGUUCAGCUGGCCGGGCAUAAAGGCAACUUCAAAGCAGCAGAUGAGGGCACCAUUCUGAAAAAGUUCUGCGAGAACGAGAUGCAGUGUUUUGAGAAGCUGCAGGACGAUGCGCUGCGUCCGUUUGUGCCCGGAUACCACGGCGUUGUGGAAAAAGACGGAGAGUCUUUCCUCCACAUGACCGACCUGCUGACAAACUUCGACCUUCCUAAUGUCAUGGACUGCAAGAUGGGAGUGAGGACGUACUUGGAAGAGGAGCUUGUUCGGGCGAGGGAGCGGCCCAAACCGAGGGAGGACCUGUACAGGAAGAUGGUGGAGGUGGACGGCGAGGGGCCGACUCCGCAGGAACAUGCCCAGAGGGGCGUCACCAAGCCCCGGUACAUGCAGUGGAGGGAGACCAUGAGCUCCACCAACACCCUGGGCUUCAGGAUAGAGGGGAUCAAGAAAGACGACGGCACAUGUCGAACUGACUUCAAGAAAACCAGAUCGAAGCAGGAUGUCAUCCAGGUGUUCAAGGACUUUGUCGAAGGGAACGUCACCAUCAUGAAGUCUUAUUUGAGCAGACUGACGGAGAUCCGGCAAGCCCUGAAGACCUCGGAGUUCUUCAGGCGACACGAGGUCAUCGGCAGCUCUCUCCUCUUUAUCCACGACCACAAGGGCAAUGCACAAGUGUGGAUUAUUGACUUUGGCAAGACCACGGCGCUGCCAGAGGGCCAGAUGUUAAACCAUGACGUUCCCUGGCAGGAGGGCAACCGGGAGGACGGCUACCUGUGGGGGCUGGGAAACCUCAUCCACACCUUGGAGUCCGUAAGCAGCGACGGGACCGAAGGCACAGAAACAUGUUGCUCAGCCACCAAAGAAAACAGCCAACCUACAGAAACAUGUGGCCAGUGACCUUUAAAGGACACCGCAGGGGAGGCUGGUUUCAGAAGUGCUUUGGGUGAUCUUUAAGCACAGCACAGCUACACCAAAGAUCAUUUUGUGUAGCCCGAGAGAAGUUACCGGCACACCAGAACUCCCAGCCGCUGGCCUUCACCAUUCAAGCGACUAUAUUUAGUACUGACACCAACAACAGCGAGAGGCAGAGCGUUCGCCGCCAGUUACUAAAUGAUUGAGCAAACACACUGACACUAAUUCAACUUCCUACAAAACGAACAGAAGUGAAAGCGUAGGGAUUCUGCAUUUCAGUUUCAGAGACAGGAUGUCACAUGUGAAAGAAAUCCUAUUUAAAUCGAGGAGUGAGCGAGCACAACUUACAAACUCAGGUCUGACUUUUACACCGUCUACUGUCACCAUCAGCCUUGAGUGCACCGAUGAAAUUCUGUUCAGUAGGACACUCUGACCGAGUCGCGGACCUCACAGUCGUAUUACUACAUGACACCACAUCCCCGGUGCAGCGCUGAUCAGACUGUACAACGUGUCUCACGCUUCUGACAAACUAGCUUUUAUUGUAUUGCAGCCUAUUCGCUUUUUAUUAAUUGAUUUUAUUUCUGUAAUCAAACUCGUCAUUACUCAGAUUUUCUCGCGAGCCUUGAUGUCUUUGCUUUUUUUUCCCGGUGUGGGUCAUUUUAAAAGUUUAGAAAAGUGAAUGAAAUGAAUGAACGUAUAUGUGGAAUUAAAACGGGGACGCACUGUUUCUGCUAUUUUCAACAGUAAAA